UUUUUGUGAACUUGGUCAAGAAAUGAAUUGUUCCAGAUGGGAGACAUUCAAGAACCAAGGUUUGACUAUAAUUCUACCUUACAUAAUGGAGAGGAAUAAAGACAAGACGUGGUAGGCUGGGCGUGUGUCCUAAAGGCCAUUCUUUCUAAACUGGCAAGAACAUUUUCAUGUUGGGAACAGGAGUCUAGCGUCAGGUUGGGAGGGAGGAGGGCAGGAGCAGGGGCAGGGCCAGGCAAUGAAGCGAGGCCAAGGCCAAGACCCGGUACAAGCCAGUUCCUGGGCAGCUCAGACAGCUCCCUGCCUCAACCGCCAUGGUCCUCCUGCUCGGGCUCUCCCGAUGUUGCUGCCGCCUCCUCCUGCCUUCCUGGCCCCUGGUGCCUCAGGGAUCCCAAAGGUGCUGCUCCCAGAGCCCCAAGACAAGCACAAAAGAGCAGACCAGCUCCACAGGCAGUGGGAAGGUGAGGUCCCCCAACACGGGUCCUGGCCGCAGCACAGCUGAGCUGGCCCAGGCUGAGGAGCUGCUGGAGCAGCAGCUGGAGCUGUACCAGGCCCUGCUGGAAGGGCAAGAGGGGGCCUGGGAAGCCCAAGCCCUGGUGCUCAAGAUCCAGAAGCUGAAGGAGCAGAUGAGGAGACACAGAGCGAGCCUGGGAGGAGAAACCUAAGCCUCCUGAGUUCUCACUUCACCCUCCAACACGGCAAACACCACACAGCACCUGCCCUGAGACGGAAAGAAACAUACCAGUCUCUCCCAGGCCACGAAGAAAAACAGAAGACACCUCCAUAGAGGGCCAGAAACUGGAGAGCAGUGGGAACCAUGACCUCUGCAGUCUUUUUAGCCACAUCCUCCCCUUUG